UCUGUGUAUAAUAAAGCUUCGUAUUAUAAAAUUUCAAAUGACCAUCACUUAUGAUGAACUAAAUAAUUUGAUUAAAAAUGAAAAAAUAGACACGGUUGUUGUGGCAUGCAUCGACAUGCAAGGCCGACUGAUGGGCAAGAGGUUAACUGGCCGGCAUUUUUUAGGAUUGAAUCAAAAGAAGAUUAGCAUUAGCACAUUUGUAUAUGCGGUAACCAUAGAAGGCAUCGCUGGCGGAGGUUAUGAGAUUUCAAGUGUAGACACAGGUUAUAGUGACUGCCAUCUCUGUGCAGAUUUGAAAUCCCUUCAUUUGCUCCCAUGGUCAGAAGGCGCUGUAUUGGCAAUUUCCAAUCCUCAUAAUUUCGUUACUUCCGAGCCGUUGUUCUGUUCACCUCGAGUAAUACUCAUGCAGCAAAUUGAGCGCCUGGCUAAUCUAAAGCUUAAAGGCCUUUUUGCUUCUGAACUAGAAUUCAAUCUUUUCAAUGAAACAUAUGAAAGUGCCAGCCAAAAGCAUUGGAAAAAUUUAAAAACCGCGCAGCCGCAUCACCAAUGGAUGAAUAUUAGUGCAAGUAGUGGGAUCGAAACUUUCAUGCGUUCAGUGCGUAUUUUGAUGGAAGCAACACAUCCCGAAUUUUUACCUAGUCAGCAUGAACUUAAUUUUGUACCAGCAGAUCCUCUAACAAUGGCUGAUCGUCAUAUUAUUGCAAAACAUGGAAUUCGCAAUAUGGCGGAACAGUCUGGAAUGAUUGCAUCCUUUAUGGCUAAAUUAAGUUCAACUGCGCUUGGUAAUGCUUGCCAUAUUCAUAUGUCACUUCAAGAUUCUGAAACAGGAAAAAAUGCAUUUUAUGAUCAAAAUGAUGAAUAUGGAAUGUCAACAUUAGCCCGUAAUUGGAUUGCUGGAUUAUUGAAAUACGUGCCUGAAGCGACUUAUUUCUUUGCUCCUUACAUCAACUCCUACAAAAGACUUCAACCGCUUACUUUUGCACCAACAAAAUGUUGUUGGGCAAUUGACAACCGAACAAGCGCCUUUCGACUUUGUAAUUCAAAAUCUGAGGGAAUUAAUGUUGAACUGCGUAUCGGAGGCGCCGAUUUAAACCCUUAUUUAGCUUUUUCCGCAAUCAUAGCUGCAGGAAUUAGCGGUAUAGAAGAAAAGCUUGAACUUCCCCCUCCUGCAUCUGGCAAUGUUUACAAUGAUAAGGAAUUACCUGAAUUUCCUAAUUCCUUACAAAAAGCUACACAACUUCUAAAAGAAUCGAAAAUGCUGAAUAAAACAUUUGGUAAUUCAAAAAUUAUCAGAUUACAAUUUGAUUUAAAUUAA